AUGGAUAAUAUUGAAAAUUUGGAAUCAUAUAGAAUGUACAGAGAUGCAUGUAUAGGUGAUGAAUUUAUGGAACCUGUAUCUGAACUAACAGAGCCUAAUGUUGAAGAUUUAGUGAAAGAAGCAGAAUUUCCUUUAUACACUGGUUGUCCUUCCACAAAGAUGUCAGCAACAGUGAUGUUUUACAAGUUUAAGGCAAAAAAUAGUUUAACUGACGAUGGCUAUGAAGAACUUCUAAAGAUGGUUCGUAGUUUGCUACCUCCAGAUAACUUACUUCCUAGUUCUUUAUCUUCAACAAAAAAAUUACUCAAAGCAUUUGAUCUAGGCUAUGAGAAGAUUCAUGCUUGUGUUAAUGAUUGUUGUUUAUUUAGAAAGAAACUAGAGAAAGUGGAGACUUGUCCUACUUGUGAUGCUUCUCGAUGGAAAGUUAAUAAGCACACACAGAAGAUUGAGGAAGGGGUCCCUGCGAAGGUGUUGAGAUAUUUUCCUAUUAUCCCGAGGUUUAGAAGAAUGUUUAAGGACUCUGAAAAAGCUGAGCAGCUUACAUGGCAUCACACUCACAAAAGUCAAGAUGGGAAAAUGCGUCAUCCAGUUGACUCACUUGCAUGGAAGAAGGUUGAUAGCAAGUGGCCUUCAUUUGCAAAAGAUCCCCGUAAUCUUAGACUUGGUUUUUCAGCAGAUGGAUUUAAUCCGUUUGGUGAUCGUAAUUCCCAAUACAGUUGUUGGCCUGUGACCUUGGUUGCAUAUAACCUUCCCCCAUCAUUAUGCAUGGUUAAGGAACAUCUAUUGUUGACAUUACUAAUCCCUGGUCCUAAGCAACCGGGGAAUAACAUUGAUGUAUACUUGGAACCACUUAUCGAAGAUUUGAAAGAGCUAUGGGUCAAUGGGGUUAGUACAUAUGAUGCAUUCACCAAGUCUACCUUCAACUUGAAAGCUCUGUUGCUUUGGACGAUAAAUGAUUUUCCUGCUUAUGGGAAUUUGUCAAGGUAUUCCACUCAUGGAAGGAAAGCUUGUCCAGUAUGUGGUGUUCAAACAUCCUCACAAUGGCUGCCAAAUGGAAGAAAGCAUGCAUUUAUGUGUAAUAGGAGGUUUCUUGCACAUGAUCAUCCAUAUAGGUACAACAAAACUUGGUUUGAUGGAACUGAGGAACAUAGAGUGAGGCCUAGAAAGCUGACCGGUUCAGAGGUAUUUCAGGUAGUUAAGAAUAUUAGAAAUGAAUGGGGUAAGAAGGUUGGGUCUUGCACAAGAAAAAAGAAAAAAAAGGUCGGUAUUAGUAAUAACAGAAAAAGGAGAAGAAAUGGAGUUAAGAAAAGUUUAGCCAAUGAAAUAGAUGCUGAUUCAUGUGAAAAAUCGGAUGAUGAUGGUGAUGAUGACAGUGAUGAUCCUUUGAAGCCUUCAAAGAGAUGGAAGAAGAAAUCAAUAUUCUUUGAGUUACCAUAUUGGGAGAUUUUGUUAUUGCGACAUAAUUUAGAUAUGAUGCACAUUGAAAAAAAUAUAUGUGAAAGCAUCAUUGGCACUUUACUCAACAUGAAGGGGAAAACAAAGGAUAACCUGAAUUCUCGCAAAGAUUUGAAAGUGUUGGGUAUCAAAAAGAAAUUGCACCUAAAAGAAGAUGGUUCCAACAAAUGUAAAAGUGAUGCAGCACCUUACAUGCUUUCAAAGAAAGAGAAGAAAAUAUUUUGUAAGAGGCUAGCGAUGUUAAGAUUACUAGAUGGGUAUUGUUCCAACCUUGCAAAUCGUGUCUCUUUGCAAGAUAACAGGAUAACGAAUUUGAAGUCACAUGAUUGUCACGUUUUGAUCCAACAGAUUCUUGCAGUAGCUUUGAAAGGACUUCUGCCCAAAGGUCCUAGACUUGCAAUUUCCCGCUUGUGCUCUUUUUUCCAUCAGUUAUGUCAGAGAGAGACUGAGAAGAAAGAUAUAGGUAUUCUUGAUGAAGAAAUUGCAGAGACUAUUUGUAUGUUUGAAAGAUUCUUUCCUCCCUCUUUCUUUGACAUUAUGGUUCACUUACCAAUUCAUCUUGCACAAGAAGCUCUUAUUGGUGGCCCUGUGCAUUUUCGUUGGAUGUACCCCUUUGAAAGGUUUAUGAAGGACUUAAAAGGAUAUGUUCGGAAUCGAUCAAAUCCUGAAGGAUGCAUAGCUGAAAAGUAUUUGGCAGAAGAGAUAACACGUUUUUGUAGUGGAUAUAUUAAAGGAGCAGCUGAAAUAUGUGUUAAAACUAGACGUAAUGAGGAUUUUGAGGAUGAAACAAUACUUGAAGGGCGACCACUUGGUCAGGGGAAGCUAAAACCACUCAGUUCUUCUAUGUUAGAUAUUGCUCAUCGAUUUGUGUGGACUAAUACCUCAGAAAUCGAUCCAUGGAGAGAAAUGCACAGGGAACAACUGAAGUGUUCAGACACACGUCUUGAGCAUGAUGAAAACCUUCUUGAACAGAGACAUCUUGAUACCUUUAGUGGAUGGUUAGCUAGUAAGGUUAAGUUCGGUGAUAGUAUUGGUAUGUCUGAUACAGUGAAGUGGAUUGCUUGUCGGCCAAAAGCAGAUGUGAUUUCUCAUACAGGCUUUAUUAUCAAUGGGAACCAAUUUCAAACAGAGGCUAUUGAGAAGACCACACAAAACAGUGGUGUUUUUGUUGAGGCAGACACUAUUUGUCGAGCAAGUGCAAAGGAUAAUUUACAGAAGAUGGACAGAGUGUCCUACUAUGGUGUUAUAAGAGACAUAAUUCUGCUAGACUACCGUAAAUUUAAGAUCUGUUUAUUUGAUUGUUAUUGGGCUAACAUAGGAACUGGUGUCAAAGUGGAAGAUGGUUUUACAUUAGUGAACCUUCACAAGGGGCAACAUCAAUUCGAUCGAGACCCUUUUAUUUUUGCAUCACAGGCGAAACAAGUGUUUUAUUCAAGAGAGAGUGACACUUCGAAUUGGCAUGUUGUACUCAGAGCACCACGAAGAGGUUUUUUUCAAAAUGAUGGUGUCGAUGAAAGCACUGACAUACCGGUCGAUGUAUCAGAUAUAGACAGUGACAGUGAGUGUGAAGAUUGUGAUGGAAAUGAUAGUGAGGAAAUGAAUUCGGGUGACAGUGACUCUGAGUGA